CCCAACCAACUCCGCAAUGCCAUACCGAGUACAGGUGAAAUUAAUUACUCAUUGAAGCCAUCCUCCACUGAGGAGAACGAGGAAUUUCCAAAAGAAAAGAUAAAGCGGGGAGGGGGCUCAUUCUCUGCCCCACUCCAAUCCAUCCAAGUUCUCCAAAUCCUCUCCUCCUCUCCACAUGAAACUCCAAAUGCUCACCUCCAUCCUUCUCUUCUCCAUCUUCCAUAUCUCCCACUCUACCCUACUGAACUACACUUCAAUAUUUAGCUUCGGCGACUCCCUUGCCGACACCGGGAAUGCUCUUAUCUUCUCCAAGUCCAGCAGCCCUGCAUUUGGGAGGCUCCCUUACGGCAUGACGUUUUUUAGGCAUCCCACUGGCCGCUGCUGUGAUGGCCGCUUGAUCGUGGACUUCAUAGCAACUGCAUUUGGCCUCCCAUUGCUUCCGCCUUACUUAGCUCAUGGGCAAAACAUUCAGCAAGGAGUGAACUUCGCCGUCGCAGGUGCUGCAGCGCUGGACCCUGCCGUCUUCCAUGGGCUGUUGGGCGGUGACGGCUUUCCUCUCACUAAUCUGUCCCUGAGCACCCAGCUCCGGUGGUUUGAGAGGUUGAAGCCUUCCCUCUGCAAUACAGCAACAGCUUGUGCUGACCAUUUCAGUAAGUCUCUGUUUGUCGUUGGAGAGAUAGGGGGGAAUGAUUAUAAUUAUUUUUUCCUCCUCGGUGGCAAAAGCCCAAAGGAAGUGAAACCAUAUGUUCCUAAGGUCAUUGGAGCCAUUGUCGCAGCCAUUGAAAGCUUGAUCAAGAAUGGUGCCGUGAAUUUGUUGGUGCCCGGGAUUCUACCAUUCGGGUGCUCCUCGGCAUACUUGACGGUAUUUAACAGCCCAAACAGAGAGGACUACGACCCAAGGACCGGGUGCCUCAGGUGGCUCAACGGGUUUGCCAAGUACCACAAUGCCUUGCUUCGCCGGGCAUUGGACGAGCUCCGGAGAAAGUAUCCACGGGCGAGAAUUAUGUACGCCGACUACUAUGGUGCAUCUAAUCCGAUCUCACGCUCUCCACAGCAUUUCGGCUUUGGGCGCAAUAUUUUUGUGGCUUGCUGUGGUGGAGAUGGCCCUUACAAUUUUAGCCCACUGGCCCUGUGUGGGCAGCCGAGCUCGACGGUGUGCUCGCACCCUUCAUCGUAUGUGAACUGGGACGGCUUUCACUUGACGGAAGCCGCUUACCACUUCAUCGCCACCGGCUUGCUUGAAGGUCCCUACACUACUCCACCCUUGUGACAGACCAUCAUUUGAGUCCGAGAUGGAGACCAAUGUGGUAUGCCACAAUUACCAUGGAACAGGGGAUGCAUCACUUUAGCCAAAUUUGCAGCACAAUACUGAAGUCUGUUUUGUGUUGAAUAACUACGGAGUUUAAAUUAUCCAAUAGAGAAAUCUCUGUUUAUUAUUUUGGAUGGGAUCCCUAUUUCAGGAUUGAUGGUAAGGUCUAUCUACAUGUGGAUAUCUAUAGUAAGGUUGUGGGAAUACAAUUAAACAUAAAAAUA